AUGGAAGCCCCUUUGAAACAAUAUCCUCCCUGGAAUUCUCUUCCAACCACUUUCUCCCGAUCGCAAACUGCUUCUUCUCUUCGCGACAGCUCUUGCGCUUCCGAUGAUGUCUCUGACAUUUCCUUGGGUACGAUCAACACGACCCUUACGAACAUAUCAUCUACAUUGCCCGAUUUCGGGAUUCCAAUUCCACACACUCCGAAGCUGCAUUUUAAGUUCCAAAAUUCUGUUCACACCCUAAGUGGCACAGACUUUGGUUACGAAUCAGACGACUCCAGAGUCGAGGGCACCGAGCAUGUGGAGUUUAGUGAACAUGAUUAUCAAUACCCCGAAAAUUCUUUGCAAGGCGAUGAAAUAUUUGCAUUCGAGGACUAUUCCUACGAUCCCUUAGAAAAUGCAACUUCGCCAUAUGAUCCUUGUGAUAGCACUUCUGAAUUCGACGAUUUCGAAGACUUUGAAGACAUUGAUGAAGAUUUUGAUGGAUACACCGACGACCUGCAAUUCGACGAUUCUCACAUCGCAUUUGAAAACGUUGUGCGCUUUGAUCCAGAUGUCUCAUACAUUGAAGCAGUCGAGCUUCCUGAUGUUGACGCUAAUGAAGGAUCCGAAACUCCUCAAAUGACACUCCAUGAACUUAUGCUACUUGCCGAUAGACAGCGCGGACUUGUUGGUAAUGAUAGUAAAGGAGACAAUGAAGAAGAUGAUAUGAAUGCAGAAACAUCCAUUGCAAAUGGGCUAAUCGAAGAGCUUGCGCAAGAUCAUCCUCGCGACGUAAUGGAUGUUGACAGGCAACUUUUCAUCGCGUUCAUUAACGGGCUUCAUGGAGACACGGGGCGAAAAUAUCAACCUCGUCUACAGGAUCGAGUGCAAGGGUUCCGAGAGGGUCGUUUUCAGUCGCCUUUCUUCGAAGGUGAAAAAGACUCGUCCGGAUGCUUUAUGCUUGAUGAAGCACUCAAGCAUGUCAUUGGCAUGUUUCGUCAUGUCGUCUUACGCGAGGAAUUCGACGAGCUCGUGCAUCUUGCCCAGUCUUCGCGGAUGCAGAAAGAAAUGUCCGCUGCAUCUCCCCACAUGCAGCCAUCCAGUUUCUGGGACAAAAUUGAAGGUCUCUUGUCAGAGCGCCUCCUCAAGGGGAUAGCCAGCGUUGGAAAAGACGAGUUGAGUUUUUUCGCGGAUGGUGUCGUCUACGCACUCGAACGUCCGAAAAUAUACACAUACGACGGUAUUAUCGCCAAGGGCGUUGAAAAUCUUAAAGCGAUGGGAGAAAAUAAAGUAGUGGAAUUGGCAGCCCUUUUGAUAGAAGGGAGUGAUUUAGUGGCUGGCUCCGGUGACCAGCAAAACAGAUAUCUCACGACUCAGCAAUGGUCGCAUGAGAGACGACGAAAAGUUAUGUAG